AUGGAUAACAAUCUCAACAUGGAAGACAAAACGCAAGAAUAUCAAGAACAAUAUGCCGCCAUGGUCAAAAGUACACCCGAGUUACCUGAUCUUGUUAUCUGCCAGAUUCUCCAACUCCUUUCCACCAGAUAUGCCAUACGGGCCAGCAUACUCUCCAAGCAGUGGGAAAGGGUAUGGUCUUUAAUUCCCUUAUUAGAUUUCGACGAGGAAGAGCAACAUGGUGAUCAUGUAUUUCAACAUGAUAAGUUCGAAUAUUUCGUGACAAAUUGUUUGAGGCGCCAUGAGAAAGAUCAUAAGCAAGAAUACUUAGAUAAAUUCAGGCUUCGUACGAGAUACUAUGGAUACGAAAAUCUCAUCAACCAGUGCUUGAGUUUUGCUAUUUGGAAAAACGUUAAACAGUUAGAUUUGAGCCUAUAUACAACCCAUAACUUGUCCUAUCCUCUAUACAACUUACCCCAUACGGUUCUCAACGCAAAAUCCUUAACUAGUUUGAACCUGGAGUCUGUGGCAAUAAGUUGGGGUUGGGGCUUUCAACAUGUAAGACUUCCUUCUUUGAAAUCUAUGUCCCUCAAAGAAGUGCUCGUGGACGAGUUUGCAUUCGUCAAAUUGAUUUUGGGGUGCCCUUCAAUUGAGAAUUUGUCAAUUGACUCAUGUGGCGGCCUAUCGAGGGUUGAUGUUUCAAGUUCCAGCCUAAAGUCUUUGGAAGUAAUAAGGGGUUUCACAGAAUACGAGCUUACAGUAAAAGCUGCGAAUCUUGAAUCUUUUAGAUUGGGUGAUAGUGUUCAUCAUGUGAGCGGAAACGAUGAUUUCAAUGAGAGACGUGGUACAAUUAUUGAAACUCCAAAGCUACGUUCUUGUGAGUUCAUUGGUUAUUGGCAGACUGGAUUUUCUUUGAAUGCUCCAAAAUUAUCUGAGGCUACCAUCAUACUUGGGGACAGAGCGGAUUCUUAUUUCAACACAUUCCCGCACAAUCCUAAAAUGAGAAAUUUUCUUGGUCAGUUUGACUGCUCCGGAAAAAUGAGCUUACAUGUUAUGGAUGCUGAGACGAUCAUUGUUCCAAAAGAACUCAGAAGGAGCAGUACUACCUUGUUUCCACCCCUACCUAGUCUGAAGAAUCUUCAGGUAAUCAUAACUUCUCCAACGUUGGUGAGCGACUCCACCUUGAGGAACUCCUUGCGUCGGAUGGCACCUGCUUUGGAUCGGGAGGGUUUAUCAAUUCAAAAGAAAUCUUGUUGGAGGUUGCAUGUGAAAGAACUUAUAGACUUGUGCGACGGCAAUUUUGUUGAUUAA